AUGAACGAUGAUCCGGGCUCGAGCUCCACGGCCCGACCCAACACCCACACCACAGACCCAGAUCACUCCGAAGGGUCCACGACAGAGGCCAGCAGUAGGAACGAUGGCCAGUCCAGCGAUUCUGAGGUCAAGAAUAAGCAACGGGUGGGCUUGGCCAAGAAGCUCGAGUUCGUGACGCACCUUCAGAGGAGUCUCGACAUGCUGGUCUGGUCGUAUAUGUGCACACUAUACUACAUGGAAUGCUCCCUCUCCCGACUCAUAAUCCGCGGCCUUCCCCACCUCGCCUUCCUCUCCCCAAAAGAAGGCCUCCUCCUGCCUGCUCAGCGUCCACAUCUCUUCGCCAUCUUCCUCCCAGCUUUUUUUUGCAUACUCUUCCACCUCGUCCUCUCCCUCCCCGUCGCAGGCGAAGCAACGCGAGGAUACCUCCAGGGCGGUGUCCUAAUCGACUUCAUCGGCCAGCAGCCGCCCAAAACCCGACUGACCUUCCUCUCCAUUGACAUCACAAUAUUCCUCAUACAAUGCCUCAUGCUCGCCGUCCACCAAGACCGCGAGCGCCUCAAAAAGGCAGUCUUCCCCUCGCUGAGAACUAUCAUCCCCGGCGACGAGGCGCAACUAGACGUCCCCCCGGCAAUAGCGCAGGACCACGACGCGGAAGAGAGAGGGGUGCUAAGCGACCAGACAUUUAUGGUGGAUAACGAAGGGAUCGAACUGCGGCCGCUCAACCAAUCUGGGAGGGAAGGAGAUAAUGACAAUGAUAAUGACGAACGAGAAAGGAUGGGAUCGGGGCCGUAUGCCUCUGUGACGACAACGGUGGACAUGAUAGAUAUCAUGCGGUCUGGCAACGCGGUGCUGGGGAAUUUCCACGUUGUGAAUGCCGUCAGGACGGUGGGAAGUGGGGUACAGAAUACGGCAGCGUACUCGUUGCGAAGUUUUGGUUAUAACGCUACUCUUGCAGCUUUGGCGGCUGAGAGGAGGAGCAGGCUGGUUAGGUUGCGGCAGCCGGGAACGGCGACAACAUUGCCAACAUAA